AAUUCUAAACAGGCUCAAGCGAAGUCCUCUGUGUUUACAAUGCUAGACCACAAAGCAAGCUAGCACGUAUUUAGCUAAAUCUACCUGCGAAAUUAAAUUUGUUUUAAAAGAAAAUAAUUAAACACACCGAUUUGGAGGAAAGGAGAUGCGUUUUGAGGCGAAGCGCUGCGGUGUGCGGUUCAACCCUCCUUCCAUAGUUUUACUUUAUGUCAAUACGGAAACCAAAAAGCUUCGGAAAAGAGUGAUACCCAUAAGAAACUUUACUACGUUUUCAGACUGUGGCAAGGCUGCGGAGCAGCUGAAGGAGCACACCCGGCACGGAGACUACCUGGAGGGAGUCUCCCAGAGCCAGCUGGAGAAGCUUCACGUCAUCCUGCAGGACCACCUGAAUGGCUUCAGCCUGAAGCACAGCCUCGCCUCCUUCCACCUGGACCCCAACGAGGACCUCAACAAACUAGAUGACAAGGAAUUAGCUCGCAAGAAAGGUCAAAUGGACAGGGAGUUUGAGAGGAAUAGGAAGCACAAGGAUGAUCCAGGCUUUGUUUAUGACCUGGAGGUGGAUUUUGAAAAGACCCCUCAGGAGAACUGUAGCUGGGACGAGUCGGAUGACGGAUUUUAAAGGAACACCAACUCCAAAGUUGCAUUAAAAUACACAUUUGAAGCUUAUUUUUUUAUUAUUUAGAAGCUUAUUUUUUGUCAAAGUUACAGUGACCGCAGUGGAGUGGAGGACCAGGAGCAUCUUGAAUGGUAACAUCAAUAAAGACUGUUAAUACAGGAA